AUGUCUAGGACAAUGCCCACAGGUGCCAUCAGCGCUGCGAGACCAAGCGACGUUUUGAAUGCGGCUAGAAACUCAGCAACACGAGCCCCGAAUCACGGAAGCCACUCACAAGAUACAUCUGCCGGCGACAGAACAAGAGUGUCCUCGAGCUUCGGAUAUAAUGAUGAUCCGUCAAUGGGGGAUGGCUUAGCUCUUGAAAGCCUCAAUAAAACACGCGAAUGGCUAAGCGAUUCAGAAACGGCCGGUACAUCACGGAAAGAGAAACGGAGAUCUCAUUGUCGACGUCGCAAGAAUGGUGCGAGAUGCAAAGAGAAGCUUUCUGAAUGGGCGGCGUCACGAAGAGAUGUGCCCAUAGCGAUCCGAGACCGUAGGUCUGAUCUCACGAAACUUGUUGAUAGAAUUAUCGAGAAGCGCCCGACGUUGAGGUCUCUCGACAAGUUUGAACCAGGCAGCAUACCAGACUACGUUGACAGGCUAGGUCUCACGCGAGAACAGGCCGCUAUAAAGUUCAGCCGAGAUGUGCAACACGCUUAUCCGUGUCAGAAGCGGAAAAGACAGCAUGAGUACAUAAGCUCGACACGGAGAGAAGCGUCGCUUGCGGCGGCCUUGGAUCUCGAGCGUCGAAGAGCGGACGUGUUAGAGUAUCAGGCGAUGAUGUUUAAAGCAGAGCUGAUUCAAGAGAUUAAAAGGUUCAAGGUCCUAUCGGCUGUGAUCGAGGCGGGGUACGCUAGUGCCGCUGCUCAAGGCAAUGAUCAAUGGUCUGAGUCUGGAUCACGGGAAGCCAUCGAUAGUAUCGUAUCGUUAGGGACAGGCAAAAUCAUUGACGUUUUAACGGCCACGCGGAAUCAAGAUUCAGGGUGUAUUUGGCGAAAGGACAAAAGAAAGGAUAUAUACGACGAAGACAGUCCUGCGGAUAUAAGCAGCUCAUCCAUGUCGUCCGGUACCUCUAUAUCUUGGUCUUCAACCUCUGAUGACGAGCUGUGA